AUGGGUUCUUUGGAGAAUGGAACACCCAAACCAAGAGAUGAAGAAGAACCAAUACUAAUGAAACAAACUCAGAGGUUCUGUAUGUUUCCAAUUCGAUACAAACAACUCUGGGAGAUGUACAAAAAGGCUGAAGCCAGUUUCUGGACCGCCGAAGAAGUAGAUCUCUCCUAUGAUGUACAUCAUUGGGCAACCUUGUCAGACUCCGAGAAGCACUUCAUAUCACACGUCCUUGCUUUUUUUGCAACAUCUGAUGGAAUCGUUUUGGAGAAUUUGGCUGCAAGGUUUCUGAAUGACGUUCAAAUCCCGGAGGCUCGGGCAUUCUACGGGUUUCAGAUAGCAAUCGAGAAUAUUCAUUCUGAGAUGUAUAGUUUGCUGUUGGAGACAUAUAUUAAAGAUUCAGUCGAGAAGCAUAAAUUGUUCAAUGCAAUUGAAAAUCUUCCUUGUGUUGCAAGGAAGGCUGAAUGGGCAUUGAGUUGGAUUAACAGUUCCACUUCAUUUGCGGAGAGGCUUGUUGGUUUUGCAUGUGUUGAAGGGAUAUUUUUCUCAGGAAGCUUCUGUGCCAUAUUCUGGCUUAAAAAGAGAGGACUAAUGCCAGGUCUGACAUUCUCAAAUGAACUAAUCUCUAGAGACGAGGGUCUUCACUGUGAUUUUGCUUGCAUGCUAUACAGCUUGUUACUGAGAAAGCUAGACUACGAGCGGGUUCAUAAUAUUGUACACGAAGCUGUUGAAAUUGAGACCGAGUUUGUCUGUGAUGCACUCCCUUGUGCUUUGAUUGGCAUGAACUCAAAGCUUAUGAGCCAGUACAUAAAAUUUGUUGCUGACAGGCUAUUGGUUUCCUUGGGUUGCACAAAAAAUUACGAAGUGGAAAAUCCCUUUGAUUGGAUGGAGUUUAUUUCUCUGCAAGGAAAGGCCAACUUUUUUGAGAGAAGGGUUGGUGAUUAUCAGAAGGCAUCUGUGAUGUCAAGCCUCCAAGAUGAUGGGAAGAACUUUGUUUUCAAGCUUGAUGAGGACUUCUAA